GGAGGCGGGACUCCGGUGCACCUAAACAGACACAGGGCUUGUGUGCUCGACUCAGUCUUGUCAGCAACGUCCGCACAGCGAAACGCUACCUGCAAACCUUGCAUUUAUUGUUUUUUUUGUUUUGUUUUGUUUUUUAAAUUACCGGGACACUUUGUUUCUUCCCCUGUGCGGUAAAGCCUUGCGUGUAUGCGUGUGUUUUAGACGGGGGGAAGGAAAACAACCACCUCCAGCACCAGACGGACGUGAUAAGAACCCUUCAUCGGCUUGAAGUGUGCACCACAAAGGGCGACAACCGCAAGGAAGGCUGCAGGAUCUACAAGGACAAAGACAUAGACGGGGGUAGAGAGACAGACGGACCGCUGCAGCCAUGCCCGGGUUCGACUACAAGUUCCUGGAGAAACCCAAGAGACGCUUCCAGUGUCCGCUGUGCAGCAAGGCGAUGCGGGAGCCGGUCCAGGUGUCGACCUGUGGACAUCGCUUCUGUGACACCUGUCUGCAAGAAUUCCUAAGUGAGGGUGUCUUCAAGUGUCCGGAAGACCAGCUGCCUUUGGAUUAUGCUAAGAUCUACCCGGACCCGGAGCUGGAGCAGCAGAUCUUGGCGCUCCCGAUCCGCUGCAUCCACAGCGAGGAGGGCUGCCGCUGGACUGGACAGAUGAAGCAGCUGCAAGGCCACUUCUCCACCUGCGCCUUCAACGUCAUCCCCUGCCCCAACCGCUGCUCUGUCAAGCUGACGCGGCGCGACCUGCCCGACCACCUGCAGCACGACUGCCCCAAGCGCAAAGUCAAGUGCGAGUUCUGCGGCAGCGAGUUCACGGGCGAGGCCUACGAGAACCACCAGGGUGUGUGUCCCCAGGAGAGCGUUUACUGCGAGAACAAAUGUGGGGCACGGAUGAUGCGUCGUCUGCUGUCCCAGCACAGCAUGGCAGAGUGUCCCAAACGAACGCAGCCUUGCAAGUACUGUGGCAAGGAGUUCGUCUUCGACACCAUCCAGAAUCACCAGUACCACUGCCCCCGGUUCCCUGUCCAGUGCCCAAACCAGUGCGGCACUCCCAACAUCGCCCGAGAAGAUCUUGCUAACCACGUGAAGGACAACUGUGGCAGUGCACUGGUUCUCUGUCCCUUCAAAGAUGCUGGAUGCAAACACCGAUGCCCCAAACUGGCCAUCGGGCGUCACCUGGAGGACACCACCAAGUCUCACCUGACCAUGAUGUGCAACCUGGUGGGGCGACAGCGGCAGGAGAUCCUGGAGUUGCGGCGGGAGAUGGAGGAGCUCUCUGUCAGCCACGACGGCGUCCUCAUCUGGAAGCUCAACGACUACUCACGCAAGCUCCAAGAAGCUAAGCUGCGGAGCAACCACGAGUUCUUCAGCCCGCCCUUCUACACGCACCGCUACGGCUACAAGCUGCAGGUGUCGGCCUUCCUGAACGGCAACGGCAGCGGCGAGGGCUCCCACCUGUCCGUCUACAUCCGCGUGCUGCCAGGGGAGUACGACAACCUGCUGGAGUGGCCCUUCUCCUACAAGGUGACUUUCUCCAUCUUGGACCAGAGCGACCCGUCGCUGUCCAAACCGCAACAUAUAACCGAGACCUUCAACCCGGACCCCAACUGGAAGAACUUCCAGAAGCCCUGCAGCACCCGCAACUCGCUGGACGAGAGCACCCUGGGCUUCGGCUACCCCAAGUUCAUCUCCCACGAGGAGAUCAAGAAGAGGAACUACAUCCGUGACAACUGCAUUUUCAUCAAGGCUUCCAUAGAGAUUCCCCAGAAGAUCAUGGCUUGAGAUGUUCAUGAAGAAGAACUGACUCUUCGACACUUCGACAACCCUUUAGAUACUUCCUACCUGAGUGUCUCAUCAGACCUCCAUGUAUGAAAGAGGAGAACAUGGCUGGUGUGCAGAGCUGUUCCUCUAAACUCUCACGCAGUCCGCAAGAAAACGCCUUGGAAAUCAAACAGUGCCUAGAGUUUAAAGUCGUAUUUUUGUUGUUUUGGUUUGUAAUCUGCACACACGUGUCGGGAUAGAUGAACCAGGGUGGUUCUGCACUUGGACAAACCUUGGAUGGAACCAAGGAUGGUGGGCAUCAGAGCUGAAGCCCAACUGCCUUGUGUUUACAUGCUUGUAUCCCAUCAGACUGAACACACUUGCAGGUGCGGCCUGAUCCAUUUUUCACCCUUUAUGCAAAAAAAAUCAAAAAUAACACGCAGACUUUGAGAGACCUGCUCACCAGGACCUGUUUCAAGGUAGCUGGACCAUCUCUAAACUCAUCCUUGUGUUUUUCCCCUAUGAGCUUCUGCGUCUAUUUGUGAUGCUAUCGUUGGUCUUCAGGGUCGAUCCGUGGCUUAUUUCCCCGCAUGGUGUGGUUCAUUUGGUCUGGUGUGACCACGGUACUUGAACCAAGUCAACCAGUUGGAGACUACAACUCCAAAGAACCCUGCUUGUGGGGAGAAAGUCGUUUCGAUCCAAAACGACAGACCAACAACGGUUCUUUUGAAAUCGAGACCCCCCCCCUCCUGCGGAAAUUAGUUCUAGGGAAUGAUGCAACCUCGACUCGAUCCAACCAGCAAAUGAACAAAUCCGGUAAUUAAGGAGAGACCAAUCGAGCGCUGAUUUGUGGUCUUGUGAUGAACUGCAGCCUGCUACAUUGUCCUUAUUCCAACAAUUGAUUUAUUAUCAACAAUAGCUCCUCGUCCGCACACCAAACUUUCUUCUUGUUUACAUUCUUGCGACCAGUCGGAAAAGAGAGCAAUCACCACAUUAAAAGGAACCCAAGCAGGGCAGGAUGGAUGAAACAUGCAUUUAAUAAAAGUGAAGGAAAAGCCAUGUGGCCUUUUAUAGUGUCUGAUCCUGCAUGAGAUUUGGGGGUGGGGGGGGGGGCAAACACAUGCAUGCUUCAUGUGCUAACACGUGGACCACAUUUUGUACUGUAACCUGUUCUCUUAAACCCCCUCAAGCACCACCCCUCCUUGACAACUAUUUGAUCCAGACCCCUUUUUUGAGAGUUUUAGGAAUAGUAUUUUUAUUUUUAUUUUACACCAAAUGUGAACGCUAACGUGGCUCUCGGUCGCUAAGUAAGACAACGUGUGGACCGUGUAUUGUUUUACAGACGGAUAAUGGUCUCUAUGAGUAUGUGUUACCAUGUGACCCGCCCGUCUCCAUCACAGCACCACCUAAAGGGUGGAGGACUCUAAUGUACGUGACACUCACCGUGGGUGUCAAUACUAAUGUGUAAAAAAAAAAACAAAAAAAAAAAAAAAAAAGCAGAAGCACAUUCUGUCCUUUUCUUACUAUACAUACAAAACGCCCUGAUUCCUUCUCAUAAUACCAGCUGAUAUUUUACACUCAUUUAAAGAAGUGACAAGAUUUUUGUAUGAUUCUGUAUUUAAAAAAAAAAAAACAAACACAAAAUCCUUUGCGUUUUUUUUUUUGUUUUUUUUUUUUUUUACAAACACUUCUCAGUUGGAGAGCCGUGGUUGACUUUGGGAUUGAUCUCGGACGUGUGGAAAUUCUCUGUCUGUCUGAGCCUCACAUAUUCUGUUUGUAUUAUUUCCUCUUUAAAAACAACAAAAAAAAAGUAUUUAUUUUUAAGAAGCCGUCAUGAGUUUACACAGACGGCGAGAACAUUUUAACGUGUUGUUUGAUGCGUGCUUGUUCAUUUCUUAAUUGAAAUAAAAUACCAUAUACUGUGUUUUAA